ACACGAUCCAUGUCUGUAGAAGGAGAAAUAAAGUACUAGCUUUUUACGGUUUUCAGAAUAAAGAAAAAACUCAUUUGCUGAACAAAAAACGGAUUUCUUGGUGAUCCCAAAGUGGAAGAAAGCUCUGUUUCUUCAUCCAGAUUCUCAGUCACUCGCUUUUCUUGAAAGUUGUUAAGUAACUGUUGCUUUGGCUGCAAUGGAGGAAAACUGAAAAGAGUUUGAUGAUGAAGGGAAGAACAACCAACAACAGUGUACAGUCGAAUCGCUCUACGAAGAAUGGGAAAAGAGAUCAAAAGCCACAGAAGACAAAUGGUGCUAAACGAUCUUCAGAGCAAGAAAGACUCAAAGCUACUAAGGAGGAAUCUAAUGUCUCAGUAGUAGUAGAUGAUACAACUACACAAUCAAAGCUCUCUGAUGAUGAUGAUCAUGCAGUGAAUGACUCUUCAGAGAAAACUGAGAAGGAAGAGACUAUAAAUGGCUUGGCUUGUGAUGAUGAAGAUGAGGAGGAGAAGGAAGAAAGCAAAGAAUUAGAUGCUAUAGCUCACGAGAAGACAGAUUCUGUAUCUUCUCCUGAAACUUGCGAAGGUGUCAAUGUUGAUAAGGUAGUCGAAGUUUGGGAUGAUGCUUCGAAUGGUGGUCUAAGCGGUGGAAGUGAGAACGAGGCAGGUGAUGUCAAAGAGAAAAAUGAGAAUUUUGAGGAGGAUGAAGAAAUGUUGAAGCAAAUGGUUGAGACUUUGGAGACAAGAGUUGAGAAACUUGAAGAAGAGCUAAGAGAAGUUGCAGCGCUCGAGAUUUCGCUCUAUUCGGUUGUACCAGACCACUCUAGCUCAGCUCACAAGCUUCACACACCUGCUCGAAGAAUUUCAAGAAUCUAUAUUCAUGCUUGUAAACAUUGGAGUCAAGGAAAACGAGCAACUGUCGCUAGAAACUCUGUGUCUGGUCUCAUUUUAGCUGCUAAAUCUUGCGGAAAUGAUGUUUCAAGGUUGACCUUCUGGUUAUCGAACAUCAUUUCUCUCAGAGAGAUCAUUUUGCAGGCUUUUGGUAAAACUAGUGUUCCUAGUCAUUUCACAGAGACCUCUGCAUCAAAUGGGAGUGAACAUAAUGUUUUAGGGAAGGUAAGAAGGAAGAAGAACCAAUGGACUAAGCAGUCAAAUGGUUUUAAGCAGGUUUUCGAAGAUUGGCAGGAAUCACAAACCUUCACUGCUGCAUUAGAGAAAGUCGAAUUCUGGAUUUUCUCUAGAAUUGUUGAAUCUGUUUGGUGGCAGGUUUUCACUCCUCACAUGCAAUCACCGGAAAAUGGCGGUAAAACAAAGGAGCAUAUCUUGGGAGAUAUUGAGCAAGGAAGCUUUUCAAUCAGCCUAUGGAAAAACGCUUUCAAAGUUACACUAUCGCGGCUCUGUCCUAUGCGAGGAGCGCGGCACGAGUGCGGUUGCUUACCUAUCUUGGCUAAAAUGGUAAUGGAGAAGUGUAUAGCUCGAAUUGACGUAGCCAUGUUCAACGCAAUUCUGCGUGAGUCAGAGCAUCAGAUUCCCACGGAUCCUGUCUCUGAUCCUAUCCUUGAUUCCAAAGUUCUGCCUAUCCUUUCUGGAAACUUAAGCUUUGGAUCCGGUGCACAGCUUAAAAACGCGAUUGGGAAUUGGUCUAGAUGCCUUGCAGAAAUGUUCUCCAUAAACACUAGAGAUUCAGUUGAAGAAAAUGAUCCAAUAGAAAGUGAGAAAUCUUUCAGUUUGCUAAACGAACUCAGUGAUCUACUUAUGCUUCCAAAAGACAUGCUUAUGGACCGAUCCACUAGAGAAGAGGUUUUGUUAUCUUUCAUUAUCACGCUUUAAGUUCUUGAUUAAACUUUCUUGACCACAGAGCCUUUAUUCUUGGUUGAUUUAUAGGUAUGUCCAUCGAUAAGUCUUGCGUUGAUCAAAAGAAUACUCUGCAACUUUACACCUGAUGAGUUUUGUCCUGAUGAUGUCCCUGGAGCUGUCCUAGAAGAGCUUAAUAACGAGAGCAUUUCAGAGCAGAAGUUAUCAGGAGUUAGCUUCCCUUACGCAGCUUCUCCUGUUUCGUACACUCCUCCAUCAUCAACCAAUGUUGCAGAGGUAGGAGACAUCUCUAGAAUGUCGAGGAAUGUGUCUAUGAUACAAAGAAAAGGAUACACAAGCGAUGACGAGCUGGAGGAACUGGAUUCUCCUCUUACAUCCAUCAUUGAAAACGUAUCGCUGUCACCAAUUUCCGCACAGGGCAGGAAUGUGAAGCAGGAAGCUGAGAAAAUAGGGCCAGGGGUGACAAUUUCAAGAUAUGAGCUUCUUAGGGAAGUGUGGUCUAUGUGAGUGAUUGGAAGUCAAAUGUUGAGCUUUUUAAGGAAGCCCUUUGUUACCAUCUACUACUGAAACAAAAUAAGUUUUGUCCAAGUUUUAUGUAGCCGUAAGUAUUUGAUCAAAUGAAUAUGCUCCUAGAGGAUUGUAUUUAACAAUUAGCUAUCUUUAUUUCUGGACAUUUCUUAUGUUUCUUUGUUGUUUUUCCUCCUCAAUAAACCA